UGCCCCUGCUGCUGGUUCUGCACUGGAAACAUGGGGCGGGGAGCCCCCUGCCCAUCACCCCCGUCAAUGCCACCUGUGUCACGCGCCACCCAUGUCACAGCAACCUCAUGAGCCAGAUCAGGAACCAACUGGUGCAACUCAACAGCAGUGCCAACGCCCUCUUCAUUCUCUAUUACACGGCCCAGGGGGAGCCGUUCCCCAGCAACCUGGACAAGCUGUGCGGCCCCAACGUGACGGACUUCCCGCCCUUCCACCCCAAUGGCACGGAGAAGGCCCGGCUGGUGGAGCUGUACCGCAUCAUCGCCUACCUGGGCGCCUCGCUGGGCAACAUCACGCGGGACCAGAGGACCCUCAACCCCCACGCCGCCGGCCUCCACAGCAAGCUGAACGCCACGGCGGACACGCUGCGCGGCCUCCUGAGCAACGUGCACUGCCGCCUGUGCAGCAAGUACCACGUGGCCCGCGUGGAGGUGGCCUACGGCCCCGACACCUCGGACAAGGACGUCUUCCAGAAGAAGAAGAUGGGCUGCCAGCUCCUGGGGAAGUACAAGCAGCUCAUCGCGCUGCUGGCCCAGGCCUUCUAGGGGGCGGCCUCGGGGCGCACGCACGGCGGCCCACGGUCUCAGGUUCGGGGGGCUCUCGCACCGUGGCCCCAGCCGCAGCCUCGCCAAACGCAGUGCCAUCGGCCGGCAGACCCCGAGGCCCUCCCGCCUGGCCCGCUCCCCCCGGGGAGGACUGUGCCGAAACCCAGCAGCAUCAGAACUCCCGUCGGCAAGGCCUGGAUCCGGCCUCUUCGGGGGAUCCAGCCGGGCCCUGGGUGUGAGGCUGUGAGGGGCUGGACUUCUGCCCCAUGUGUCCCUGCGGCCGGGGCCUUCGUGACCAAACCGAACACGUGAUCUCCGGCGAUUCUGGCCACAGGGCGAGGCAGCAGGGCUGGGGGGGUUGCCCGACCCCGAGCGGAAUGACCAGCGUCCAUGCCUUCGCUGCCCCUUGGGUAACUUCGGAAGGUCUGGAUGGGGCAGCCGCAGGGGCCGGGAUCCCAGGACCCCUGGGCCUCUGUGCGAGUGGGGAGUGGAAGUCGGAGAAAGGAGCUCUGGAGGGAGAUGUCGCCUCCUCUUGAACGCAGUGGGGGGGCUCAGGCCUUGGGACUGCUAGGCCGAGGGUUCUGGAAGGAGGUUCCUGGGGUUCAGGCCCCUGGGGAGGCAGAGAAGCCGCUUGCAGGCCUGGGCGGGAAGACGCUGGAAGGAAGAGAGGCCCUGAGAGUCCGGACGGGCUCUCCUUCCUGUUGCUGCGGCCCAGGACGGCCGGGCUCUGGCGGCUGGACCCGGAGGUGGGGUAUGUGGAGGCGGGCAGGUGGCACGGUCCGGUGAGGCGGUGGGGAGGGGACCCAGGUCUUCCUUCUGGGGGAGGAUCUGUCGUGGAGGGGAGGGCGGAGUCGUUCGGAGCGGCAGCUCACAUCCGAGGCCUCUGCAGGCCCCGUGAGGUCACGCCAAGGUACUUGAGGGGGACAGAGGCCGUCCCCAGAGCAAGGGGACAGCAGAACUUGAGGUCAGGGUCUCAGGGAAGUGCCUGAGGCCCCAGAGUGGUGUGUGUCGGACCCGGCACAUUUGUCUAUUUAUUAUGAUGCCCUAUUUAUAUUAACUUAUUGGUGCUUUCCAUGGCAAAAUGAAUUCCCCCUUCCCUGUUCUCUACCCAAGAGAAAUAGGAGGGCGGCCCCUUCCCGGGGGGCCGGGGCCAGGGCCAGGCCUUCGCAGGGCUGCCCUGGAAACUGAAGAUGUUACAAGUGGGAGGAGCCUCCUGGGCGAAGCUCAGAGGAGGCUCAGAAUCCGAGGGAACCGGCCAGCCAUCCCUCCACCCCAUCUGCACUUUGGGGUGCCAGGGCCCUGGCUGCAAGGCAGGCUGGGGGCACUCUGUGGAGUGGCUAGAGGGGGGCCCUUUCCCGGGGCCGCACGUGGCUUGGUUCCAGGGGGUCAUUCGAUGCUGUUCUCUGGGGGCCCCCGGAAUUGUGCAGAGAGGGGGGCAGUGGGCCAGGCAGCCCGAGUGACCUGCCUGCUCCUGCUUGCUGGUCCCCAUGCUGCCUCCUCUAGACUAGCAGUCGAGGGGGGCCCUGGAGCAGCCCCGACCACCCAGCACCCAGCACCCAGCACCCAGCACCCAGCAGGC